GGUAGGGAGCUUUCAUAGAAAGCCUUCUAUUAUAAAGCACCUUAAGAAUAGAAACACAAGAUCAAGGAACCCACUCCAUCUUUUUCUGCCCCUGAGGACUAAAAGAGAACAAAAGGAAGCUCCACAUGCCCUCCUAGGAAGAUGCAUUUGCGCCUGCUGCUGUGGGCCUUCUUUCUGCCUCCCAAGGCAAGGACAGAACCCCAGCAGCACUGCCCUACCAACCCUCACCCAGAGAUAAACUGGAGCCAUUCUUUUGUGCAUCCCAUGGGCUACACGUCAGGCCUAGGAAAUAGGACUGAACAACAUCUGGAGUAAACUGAAGUCCUGUCCAUUAGCAAGCAGCCACUGUCCUAGGCAUCACAGCACUCAGGAGGGCUUCAGAAAUUGCUGGAAGCAGAAAGCUCCCCUGGGAUUUGAUUGUCCCUAGAAAUGUAUGCUGAACUCCACCUAUGAAAGGAAGAAGAAUUCAUAGACCAACACCUGCUUUCCUUCCCGUUCUCAGAAGAGGAAGUUGAGGCCCACUUCCUCAGCCCCUGCCCAGACUCAGAUCAUCCCAGGUUCCCAAAUGUCCCCCCUGGAUCUAGAGGCAUGAAACAGAUGCCCACCUGAUGGAUUCAGUGGGUGCACACAAGCAGGGUGACUUUUCCUUCAGGGGAGAUCAUCGGGGGACAUGAAUCGAAACCCCACUCCCGCCCCUACAUGGCCUAUCUUGAGUUUGUUGCUCAGGGUGUAUGGAAGAAGUGUGGUGGGUUCCUGAUAAGAGAAGACUUUGUGCUGACGGCCGCUCACUGCUUAGGAAGGCCAAUGAAUGUCACCCUGGGGGCACACAACAUUAAGAAGCAGGAGAAGACCCAGCAGGUCAUCCCAGUGAAAAGAACCAUCCCCCACCCAGACUAUGAAGAUCAUUACUUCUACAAUGACAUCAUGUUAUUGCAGCUAGAGAAAAAAGCCAAGUUGAAUGCAGCUGUGCAGCCUAUCAAGCUGCCCAGGGGCAAGGACAAGGUGAAGCCUGGGAAGGUGUGUCUUGUGACUGGCUGGGGGAGAGUGUCCCUAAAUGGCAAAUGCUCCAACACACUGCAGGAGGUAAAUCUGAAAGUACAGAAGCACCAGGUGUGCGAGCGUGAGGAAUUCUUAAAAGAGUACUACAAGAGUAGCAUCCAGAUAUGUGCGGGAGAUCCAAAGGAAAACAAGGCUUCCUUUAAGGGGGACUCUGGAGGCCCUCUUGUGUGUAACCAUGUGGCCCAAGGAAUUGUCUCUUAUGGAAAUGAAAAUGGGACACCUCCAGGCGUCUACACCAAAGUCUCCAGAUUUCUACAAUGGAUAAAGGAAACCAUGAAAAGCCACCAACUGCAGGAGACAAACUAAGGCACCUAUGGGACUAAUCUUCUCUCCAGAAACUGAGUCUAGAAUCACCCUGGAGGAGGUGCCCAGAACUGAAUAAAUGUCUCUUAGCCAUGUGGGAA